GGAUUAGAAAAUAAAUCAGGAGUACAAAAUGAAAAACUACCACGUAAUAGCUGUAUGGUGUUGCCUAGCCACCUUGGCCACAUUUAGUUGGUCAUUGCCAGUUCUCGACGCCAGUUCCGGCAUAGAUAAUGACACCAUCGAGGCUUUACAUGCCAGUCUAAAUGACACACCAAAGAAUCUAUAUGUGGUCAAGGCUGUUGUCUAUGAAAUUGGUAUUCUCACUGAAGUUGGCGAAAAUGACACCAGUUUUGAAUCACAGGAGCGAGUUGACUUGACAUUCUACGAUACACACACCAACAAUAGUCACAUCGAUUUGGGUAACAUUCCACUUCCCAUACAGACGAAUGUUACGGGUCAAGUUUUAACCGGAAUAGCACCAGUUAACAUUGGAGCAUUUAGCAGCCCCGCAGAACUGCUGAGUGCGCUUCCAUUGACGGGUAGCAUUGUGAAUAUCACACACAGCGACACUGCUUUCUAUCAGCUAACAAAGUCCAGUACCAAUGAGGAUGAGAAACCGAAAAUUAUCAGUGAAGAUGAAUUGGCUAACUUGCCGCAAGUGGCAUCGCUGUUUCCCUCGGCGGGUCUACACUCAACAGCUUCCAAAACCAUAACUGACGAAGAUGAUGCAUCAAAUUCUUUAGAGGUUAACUGA